AUGGCGUCGUCUCCGGACCAGAUUCCAGGACAGGAAUAUGACUAUGAAGCCCUUCCAUCUAAUUAUGGCCUUGGCCAUAACAUGCUCGCCGGUGCAUUCGCAGGGAUCGCGGAGCACUCAGUGAUGUACCCAGUUGACUUGCUUAAGACCCGCAUGCAAAUCCUGAACCCGUCCGCAGGCGGCCUUUACACCGGCCUGACCAAUGCUGUCUCAACCAUCUAUCGAAUCGAAGGCCUGCGAACAUUAUGGAAGGGUGUCUCGAGCGUGAUAAUCGGAGCCGGUCCGGCACACGCGGUUUACUUCGGUACAUACGAAUUUGUCAAGGAGCUGGCCGGUGGCAAUGUCGAUGAUGGACAUCAUCCUCUCGCAGCGGCCAUGAGCGGAGCCGCUGCGACUAUUGCUAGUGAUGCGCUGAUGAACCCCUUCGAUGUCAUGAAGCAGCGAAUGCAAGUCCACGGUUCCGUCCACAAGAGUCUGAUGCAAUGCGCCAAGUCCGUGUAUCGCGCCGAGGGUCUGCAAGCCUUCUACGUCUCUUACCCUACAACUCUCUGCAUGACCGUGCCUUUCACCGCCACUCAAUUCGUUGCCUAUGAGUCCAUCUCCAAGUUCAUGAACCCCAAGGGCGAAUACGAUCCCUUCACUCACUGCAUGGCCGGUGGUCUUGCUGGUGCAUUUGCUGCCGGUAUCACCACUCCUCUCGACGUGGUCAAGACGCUGCUCCAGACUCGCGGUCUUGCGCAAAACGAGGAGAUCCGAUCUGCUCGGGGACUUUUCAAUGCCGCGGCGAUCAUCAAGCGCCAGUUUGGCUGGGGCGGUUUCCUGCGUGGCAUGCGGCCCCGUAUCAUUUCCACCAUGCCCAGUACUGCCAUUUGCUGGACCUCCUACGAAAUGGCCAAGGCCUACUUCAAGAGCCUUUCCGAAAACUAA